AUGCAUCGACUCCUUUCUUUGUCCCUUCUUGCAGCCCUUUUGACGAUCUCUCUGGUCCAUAUUGGGCAUGUCGAAGGUCAAAGAUCUGCAUGGAACAUCAAGCAAAAUCCAUUUCCCAAAGCGAAACGUGUCUCGAAAACACUGUCAUAUCGAUCUGCCAAAGCAAAAGGCAACGUUACACUUGCUGAUCCAUAUCAAUGGCUUCAAAAUGAUGAUGAUCCAGAUACAAAAACGUUCAUUGCCGAUCAGAAAAAGUUGACAGAGACGUUCAUAAGCAAAUGCGCUUCUAUCAAACAAAUUGAGCAAUCCGUUCGUGAAGCAUUCAACUACGAUGAUUAUUCUGAAAUGAUCUUUUUUGAUGAUGCAAAAGUACCGUUUUGGUUCUACAGCGUGGUUCGUCCAAAUGAGGAAAGAAAGACGUACUACAUUGCAACACCCGAAGAGAUGGAAGCUGCAAGAAAAGCCAAUUUUCCUAACCCUCCAGGUAAGAAGUACUUGCAAGAGGCAGCGCUCAGUCCUAAUGCUACUGCUACAAUUUUGUACUUCGCUACAUCUUUGGAUCGUACGAUGAUAGCUUAUCUAGUCGUGGAAGCAGACGCUGGUUCUGGAACAUGGUAUAUCCGCAAGCUGGAUUCGCCAUUAGUAAAUCCGAAAAAGAUUGUGCCAGGAGGCGAAGGACGCUUGCCGGAUGCGAUUCCCAACGGAUAUCAAGACUUAAGGUGGACUCUUGACUCAAAAGGCUUCUUCUAUGAACAAUUCAGUACUCCUACCAAUGACACAAAUAGCAAUCCCAGAGCAGUGGUCAGAAACCAUCAGAUAGGAACACCGUACGAGAAAGACAUCACGCUCGUGCAGCCCGAUGCCGAUCCCAACAAUUAUUGGUUCCUCGACUACAGUGCUGAUGGACGUUGGCUUGUAGUAUAG